GACUUCAGACAUGGCUCCCAUCCAGGCAGCAGGCAGAGAGCUGUAGUAACUUUAGUAAGUGCGACAUUCACUGGGCAGAAUGCGAGGUCCUGUUGCAAUAACAUACACAUAUUUUUUUGCCCACACUACCCGUGCUGCUUUUUUGCCUACACUACUAACGAGAUCAUAUAUUUCAGCAGCUAUGAGCCAGCACAUUGGGAAGCCCUAUGGAUCUGCAGUGUCUUUGUUCCUUUUCUUCCUCCUAAUGGAUGUUGGUGUUAGUGAUGGAAACACAAGCAAAGAGAAUGCAACCCUAUCUCACAGGAGAACACAGGCUCCACUGUUGACAACACCUGAGCCAUGGCAAGUUUUCCUGACUCAAACACCAGCCAAAGAAAAAGCCAAAGAGGGUGAAACUGUGGUCUUAAAUUGUCACUUUAACAGCCCACGACAUCCUUCCCUCACUGGCCUGACAGUGGGGUGGUACAAAGAAGAUGAAAAGGGGAAGACUGACCUACUAGAAAACAACAAGACCAUGUUGCCAAAUAAUUCUAGGGUUUUCCUGAGCGGAGACUUGUCCCAAGCGGUUGUUUCCCUGGUGAUCCUCAAUGUGACAACAAGUGAUCAUGGUAUCUAUUUCUGUAAGAUUACAUUUCCGGAUGGGAAGGUGAUGACAGGAGAUGGGACAAAGCUGAGGAUCAGGAGGGCUCUAGAACCCCUCCGAGUGGCUGGUAUCAAGACAUCACCUCAGGAAACAGCUCCCAGGCUUGUUUGGUAUAGAAGAAUCUAUUGGAACAAUCAUUGGGGUUGUGGCAGCUGGUAUCGGAGGCCUAGGAAUUCUGAUUAUCAUUUUAACACCACAGCUAAGGAGAUGCAUCCUCUGCAUGAAACAAGGCUCUCACCAAGUGCUAAAAAAUCUUAUUCAACCUGCUGAAAGCUAACCAAACCAAGGCACAAAAGCCACGCAGAGCCGCGCUCGCUCUUCACUGGAGCGCUGCCGCCCUCUGGUGGCCAUUGUAGAGGAGACGGGGGACACAGGCGCGGCCAGGAGAUUUACUCCCUCUGACCCCAACCUUACCGAGCACAGCGUAGUCCUCUUCUGCCCACACAGCAUCAUCCCUUUGCAAAAACACUGAGCGAAUGGAGUUCACAACACGCUACGUUGCCAGAUUGCCUUGGGAGAGUUUGUUGUGCUGUACUAACGCGGUAUCACUGUUCUCUUUUCUUCUUACUCAGCAUAGCUUGAUCUGCAGAGCUACAGGAAACACCAGAAGAUGCAAAGGCUAAACACAAAGUAAUUUGUGAUGAUCAGUAAGUCAAAAAGGAAGCUAUAGAUGUAAUAAAAGCUUUUGCCUCAGU